AUGGGUACUACAGCAUCCCAGCCGGCUCCGAGAGAGGACGAGACCAUUGAUGCCACCCUGGUAAGCUCCGUGAGGAUGCUGUCGUCUCUUUGUCGGUGGAGCAUUCACUACGAUCCCUACGGCUUGCCAAUCUCUUCCCCACCACGUUCCCCACCACGUUUCCCAACAGAGAAUCUCAACUUCAACGACGAGAAAAGUUGGCCAACGUGGCCUGGCUUUUGUGACUCCAAACAGUUCACUGGUAAGCUCAGCGAUAACCUCGAAAGCAACGGUUUUAGCAACCUCAGCCUCGAUGGUUUGCCGAUAGCAGUGGAUCUAAAGGCCAGAGCGACACGAGGCUCACCUAAAGAGCUUCUCAAAGAGGCUCUUGGCUUCAGCAUCAUGAGUCGAAAUGUGAACUUAGUAAUUGGCCUCCUUGAAGAAAUUGGGGAGAACGUUGACAUCACCGGGCUCUACUCGCUUCACCUCGCCAUCAGAUACCUAGACGGGUCAAAGACAUGCUGCAAUGUUCUCGACGCUCUCGAUCAUCCGCGCGCUCUCAAAAUUAUGUCAAUGACCUGGGCCAUCCAUGUAGUUGACGUCAUUUUCAAGGAAGACAAACGUUUUGAGGGAGAAGACGUGGAUAUCUGCGGUCGAUGGAACGCUGACUCUGAUUGCGUUCGCACGCUUUUGGCGAACGGUCCUUCGGGCAUACCAUUUCAAUGGAAGCACAUGGCUCUUCCGGGCAAUGAAGAUGUUGACGAAUGCAGCCACGAGGAAAUGGACCCUGUUGAGCUCGCGAUGAAGGUGCCGGCUAGCUUGAGUUCGAUGUGGUCUAGGGAGCUGAGUACAGGUUGGCAGGUCCUCACUAUUGUUCUCAGGCACUCACAAGCAGAAUGGAAAGCCAGACCUUCUAGGCGACGGUCCAUCUCAAACGAAAGGGAGGAUGAGAAUGAGUUCAGUACCUUCAAUGAAUACCGCGAAGACCAGACGAGCGCAGGUGAAGAAGCAAGUCGUGAACCCCACCUGCCCUACUGUCCUGACAGUCCUGACCACGAGAAUUUCUUUGGCGGGAACAAAGUUCUCGCACCCCUUCAGGCCGCUGUACAAACAGAGUUACUAACUUACAGACGUCUGGAGGAGGGAGAUGAAUGGGAUUUCACAAGACUUCAAUAUGCGUACCCUAAAUGA